AUAAUAUGAAUGAUCGGUCUGUGACCGAGGAACACGACACAUGUUCUCAGUUCUGUCUUCAACAGUUCAGCAGGUUCAGCUUAUUUAUUCGAAUCGUUUUGUUGUUAAACAUUUUAAAUGUUUUUCAGCCUAAAGUUUUUCAUUGUUAUUUAAGUUAUAUUUUGUUUAUGUAUUUAGUUCUCGAGUCUCAACACAGUGCUCAGUGUACCUGAAAUAUCUAUUUUCUUGCGCAAUGUUGUUAAUAGUGAUUUGAACGUUCCUCAUUUUCUGUAGUUAUUUAUUUAAUUUUAAUAGUUUACUUUCCAUUUAACGAAUUGUUUUGAACGUUUUGAAAAUAUCACGUUUUAACUGUUAAGAUUUUAAUUAUAAAAGAACCAUGGAUAUCCCCAACGAAUUGCCUAUUAUUUAUACAACACCAGUUUUGAUUCCUGGUUUUAUUUUGAAAAUUCGAUUACAAGUUGAAAAAUACUUUAAUCUAUUGAAUUAUCUUCAAACUAAUCACGAUACUAAAUCAAUACAUAUAGGUAUAAUACCAAACACUGAUUUUGAAAAGGUUAGCAAUGUAAUUGGAACAGUGGGUCUGGUAAGAAGUAUAAUUACAGUUGAUUCUGAUCCUAAAGAUUUUGUUUUGGUGUUGGAAGGAAUAUGUCGUUUUAAAUUGGAUAUAAAAAUAGCUGAAGAACCAUUACAAAUUAAUAAAAUUAUAAAAAUUGAAAAUUUUAAAAACCUCCAAGGUGAUGAAAAGGAAGUAAAUGAACUUGUAGUUGAAUUUAAUAAAGUUGUGAUUGACUAUUUAACAUAUUCUGAAUCAAACAUAUCAAAUCUGUUAGCAAAAGAAUCCUUUAAGGUUUUAUUUAAUAAACUUCCCUUGUAUAAAACUGUUGCUUAUUGUCUAAAAACUUUUGUUCGUUUAACUCCAGCUGAUGCCUAUACAAUUCUUAGAGCUACAAACUUAAAUGAUUUAUUAAGAUUUGUUACAGAUUGGUUAAAACGAGAAACAAUUAAAGAAAACAAAUAUUCAAAUUCUGAAAAAACUGGUUUAAUUCCAGUCCCUUUAAUACUUUUUAAUGACAUAAACAGUAAAAAAAAUGUUAUGUUCAAGAUACCUGCUUCACAUGAAUUAUAUCAAAUACUUAAAGCAAUAAAAGAUUCUGGUAUGCCAACUCCAAUACACAAAGUUAUUAUGAAAGAAUUUAAAAGACUUAAUGAAAUGAAUUCUAGCAACCCUGAUUAUUCUGUAUUUAUAAAUUAUAUCAGUUAUGUUGCUAAUUUACCAUGGAACAAACGUUCAAAGGAAACCUUAGAUCUGGAAAAAGCCAAAAAUAUGUUAAAAUCAAACCAUUAUGGUAUGGAUAAGGUCAAAAAUAGAAUACUGCAAUUCAUUGCUGUAAAAAUAUUAAACCCAGAUCGGCGAGGACCUAUUCUUUGUUUUGUUGGGCCACCUGGAGUUGGCAAAACAUCUAUUGUUAAAGCCAUUGCCAGUUCGUUAAAUCGAACUUUUAAAAGAAUAUCAUUAGGUGGAAUAAAUCAUUAUUCUGAUAUUAAAGGACACAGAAGAACAUAUAUUGGGGCUAUGCCUGGUUGUAUAAUACAAGCUAUUAAUCAAACAAAAACAAAUAAUCCUGUUAUUUUAUUGGAUGAAAUUGAUAAGAUGUAUAAAGGUACAAGUGGAGACCCUGCUGCAGCAUUAUUAGAAGUUCUAGAUCCUGAACAAAAUAACUCAUUUGUUGAUUCAUAUGUUAACUUGCCGUUUGAUAUCAGUCAAGUGAUGUUUAUUUCAACUGCUAAUAGUGUUUUUAAAAUACCACACACAUUACGUGAUCGAAUGGAGAUAAUUUAUUUGGAAGGAUACACAGAAGAUGAAAAAAUACAAAUUGCAGAACUUUAUUUGAUUCCAAAGAUACUUAAAGAUCAUAAUAUGAAUGAAUUACAAAUAACUAUUUGCAAAAACACUAUAAAAGAUAUAAUUCAAAAAUAUACAAAUGAAACUGGUGUACGAGAAUUGCAACGUAAACUUGAAGUUAUUUGUCAUUAUAUUGCUGUUGACAUAGUUGAAAAUAGUGAUAAAAAAAUAAAAAAAUAUGUGAUCACACCAGAGUUGUUGUUAAAUAUUCUUGACAGUGAAUUAUAUAAUGUGAAAAAUACAUUAGUAGAAGGAAGUUGUAAUAGAGUAGGUGUUUCUAUUGGAUUGUCAUGGACUCCAGUUGGGGGUAAAGUUCAAAUUAUUGAAGCUACCAAAUUGUACUCUAGAAAUGAGAAAAAUGGCCUAAUCUUAACUGGCCUAGCUGGUCAGACUCUUAGAGAAUCAGUUGUAAUUGCACAGAGUUGGAUACAAUCAUUUGUAAAAAAUAAUGAAGUUAACAUACAAGAUUUCUGCGUUCACGUCCAUUUACCUACUGGAGGAAUCCCAAAAGAUGGACCAUCUGCUGGUAUUUCAAUUGUUUGUGCAUUAAUCUCUCUUUACUGGAAAAUACCUUUAAAAUCAAUGAUUGGAAUGACUGGAGAAAUGUCAUUAAAUGGAUAUGUAUUGCCUGUGGUGUGAAAGAAAAGAUUUUAGCAGCUUACAAAUCAAAUAUUAGAACUGUCAUUAUACCUGAACUUAACCUGAAAGAUU